AUGUUCACCAUCCACUGCGAAUCGGAAGUGGCUAUGGAAGGGAGGAGCGAAUUGAUCCACGGUCUCCAAUUCUUUCGCCACCCAGAUUCAGCUUUUCAUACCGUCAGAAACACGCCGGCACAAGCAACACCAACUUUGACACAUUCCCCACGACGAUCAACAAGGUCUACUAGCCUCAACACGCCUCCGGACCCCGUCAAGGCGGACUCGGUUAUCAGCAGUCCGGUUCAUGCCCAUCACUUGUCCCAUCGACUUUCUCAGUUUCAACUUGGUAGUGUAGCUGGUCAAAACACUAUCGGGGGCUCUGCACUGUAUCAUCCGACAUACAUGGAGAAAAUCCGCAAUCCUGAACUCGAUAUUGAUCCCUCUGGCCCGUCCGAUAGAUUAGCAGCAGCCCCUCCCAGACUGCCCGCUAUGGUGGAAUCUGUCUCCCAAAUCUCACCAUUUCAGCCAUUCGAGCUCACCGAAUUCCCUUCUUCAGACAUACCACAUCCUUCGCCAGUCCUCCGACCACCGCCCAAGUCAGCGAUGCAAACAGUGAAGAUAACCAAGUACCUCUGUCCAGGCUAUCUGUGGGAUUUCUGGCUAGGAAAGCACUCUCAAUAUGGCGAAGUCGUUGUCAAGCUCGUAUAUCUACCCGAUUAUCCUUGCAACAACCCCGAAUUCGACGACUAUGUUCCUGAUGAACAAGUAGUCAAAGAAGCCCUUAAAGAGGAAGACACGUACUUGGGUCCACUCGCUGAUCUGCAAGGUGAAGUGGUCCCACGAUAUUAUGGGAUGUACCAUUCGGUCCCGGAUGGUGAACACAUUGCGAUAAUGUUGGAAUACAUCGAACAACCUACGGGUGGAGAACCGCGUCUGGCGGAAGAAGAACGGAAACAUAGGCUGUAUUCAGCAUACGAGCGAUUACAUUUCCGUGGCGUACUUCACCGUGAUAUAGAUUUCCGACACAUCUUAAUGAAUAAAAGGGAUAUGACAUUCAGAUUGGUCAGUUUCCGUCGAUCUUGUCGGAAAUCCCUCAAGAACGAAGAUGAUGUUGCUAGUUUGAUGAGUGAAUACGUAGUAGUGAGGGUCAGCAUCGGCUGGGAGAGGGACGAGGAUAUCGCCAAUGGGGACAUCCCAUCAUGCUAUACCUCACGAUUGGCCGAUCCAGCAGCAUUCUUGGCGGAACUGCAAGCUGCACAUGAAGUACCGCUAGAUGAUUGGAUUGUGGAACAUAAUAGGAAACUGAGCGAAGGUAUCUCCACCUUCUGA